AUGGACCCAACCACCAUGACCCAGACUUCCACCCAAAUGUUCCAGGACUCAGAUGAUAGAAACAUGUCUGAGAGAAAUGAGUCUCUCUUCAUUUACUAUGGAUCUUGUAAAGAGGAGACAUUUGCUGUUACAAUUAAGUCCAUCAUAUUGGCCUUCAGUGUUUGCGGCUUGGUGACAAAUGGACUGGUCCUCUGGCUCCUGGGCUUUUGCAUCAAGAGGAAUCCUUUUUCUGUCUACAUCCUCAACCUGGCGGCAGCUGACUUCUUCUACCUGUGCUGCCAGACUGUAAAAUGCAUUGAAAUUUUUGGUCCCAUAUUUUGGGACAUAACACCAAGCUUUAUUACCACUUUCACAUUUUUCUUUUAUACCUUGGGCCUGAGCCUCCUGGCUGCAAUCAGCACUGAGCGCUCUCUGGCAGUCCUCUUCCCCAUCUGGUACCGAUGCCACCGCCCCAAGCACACCUCUACCGUUGUGUGCUCCCUCUUCUGGGUAUUCUACCUUCUGGGGAAUUUACUAGAAAGUUAUGCCUGUGGUUUGCUUGUUUAUCUCUCCUACCCUGUGAUGUCAUGUCCAGCAUGGGACUUCUCUUUCAUUACGUUGAUUCUCAUCCUGGUUAGCCUGCUGUGCACAUCCAGCCUGACUCUCAUCCUUAAGGUCCAGUGCCAUUCAAAGCGCAGGCAGCCCUCCAGACUCUACCUUCUCAUACUACUCACCAUCCUUAUGUUCCUGCUCUGUGGACUGCCUAUGGGAUUUCACUGGUUUCUUCUUUAUUGGUUUAUGGAUUUGGAGUGUAUUGUUUUUGUAUUUCAGCUUCUAUCCUGUGUGAAUAGCAGCUCAAACCCCCUCAUCUACUUCUUCCUAGGAAGUCUCAGACAGAAGAAAAGGAGGGAGUCCCUCAGGGUGCUGCUCCAGAGGGCCCUGAGUGAUGAGGCUGAGACAGAAGGGACAAAGGAGAUCUCCCACACAGAAAUCAUGGAAAUGUCACCGGAGGGUGCAGUUGAUGGGGGGAGGAAGGAAGGUAAAUGA